AUGACCAAUCGCAAAAGGUUGGCUUCAUUCAUUAGCUUUGAUGUUUUCUUCUCAAAGAAACAUUUCGGAAAUAAUUUUAUUCAAAUCGACGAUUCCUGUUUCUAUAUUGAGACGGAGAAGCUCAGCUAUGAUCAGGCUGAAAUGAGAUGCAAACAGAAGGGAGCUUCUAUGUUUGCUCCUUCGUCCAAGGCUGUGUGGGAUGAAGUGAUGGCAAUGACUCCAGCAUUCUACUGGACAUGGACUGGCAUCACCCAGGAUACUUCGGUGGACGUACCACAUUUCCAGGAAGCCGUAGCAAUGGACCCAUCCGCGGUAAACUGGCUAAUAAGGCCCUUUUCGUCAGUGUCCAACGGAUGGUCCACAGUUUCAACAUGCGCAGCCUUCUACAACAUCGAGAUGUCUUCAUCGAAUUACGUUUACUUCUACCCAUGCUCCCUGCAAUACCACUCGAUCUGUCAAGUGAACCUAUUUUGCGUGGUACUGGAACCGCUGAAACGCCGGUUCAUAAACCAUCUGUUCUAG